AUCAUUGUCCAUUCAGCUCAACGGCUAGCAAAAGCAACGGCCCCUGCUUCUCUUUCAUUGGGCAAUGCGCUUUCUCUGCUAGCAAAAUGCAAGCGGAGAAACAGCAGCAAUCCUGGAAAGUAAGCAUUCAAGCCAGAGCCCAGAACGUCAAUUUCAAACUUCAAGCAACAAAAAUCUUACCCACCUGGAAGUUCCACCGGUUCUCACUCCUGCUUAGGCUCCACAAGUUCGUCCUCAAACUCCAAGUGAAAUCAAGAUCAACACUUUCAAUCUCCAUUCAAAAUAAAAGAACCCUGAAAUCCACAUUCCUCAAACUUCUUGAAAAACUCCGAAUUCGCCGCCCGAAGAGAACCUUAACCGUCCAACACCCAGGUGUUAAAUCCGUUCUAAAUAGAUUGAAACAGUUUGCUAAUGAGAAAGCAAUUUACGCAGGCCCUUUGGUCAUUGCGAUUCUCGCUUCGCUGCUGCAAUCAAUCUCCAAGAAAGAUAUUAAGGGAAUCAUAACUCACGCUUCAAUUAUUUUGAUGUACUGGAUUUUAUAUUAUAAGAGACAUAUAAAAGGAAAAACCAGCACCUUUUGGAGGGUUCUGAUUGUUGGAACAGCUGGUUGCUGGGUUGCGCUGCAUUUCGGUAAAGGCUAUAGGUUUCAGAGUAUGCCUGGAGUUGGAUGGCAUGGAGCUUUGCUGCUUCUUCUGGGUGUUGGUAAUGCAGCCUGCCAGGUGAUUUUCGCUCUUGUCAAACUCCACUUCUCCCAUAUUUCUAAACUCAAAGAGCAAUGGUUUAAGAUUGUAUAUAAAUUAUAGACAAAUCAUUACCCUUUGUAGACAACUAUUUUUAAUUUCUUAAUUUUAAUA